AUGUCACUGAUAAUAAAUAAUGAUGAUGAAGAUGAAUUUGUCGAAAAACAAAUACUCAAUCAAUUAUCACAAGAAAAUUAUGCUCCAGUACGACUUCGAUCGUUUAUUAAUCAUUAUGGAACUGUUCGACCACGUAUUUCAACUAUAAAUCGUUUGAGAAAUCAUUUUAAUAAAUUCUUUAAUACAUUAAAUUGCCUUUAUAUUAUUAAUGUAUUAUUCGAUCGAAUACCGAUUAUACGUUGUCUUAAAGAAUAUAAUCUACGAAAGAAUCUUUUCGCAGAUAUUAUGUCUGGUAUGACAGUAGCAAUUAUGCAUAUACCACAAGGUAUGGCUUAUGGCAUGUUAACAACAUUACCACCUAUUCAUGGAUUAUAUGUCUCCUUUUUUCCUGUUCUACUCUAUAUGAUUUUUGGUACUUGUCCACAUUUAUCUAUAGGUACCAUUGCUGUUAUAUCACUAAUGACUGCACAAGCCAUCAGUGGAACACCAUUACAAUCUUUCAAUAUUAUAAAUAAUCAAUCAUAUGUUGCAUCUAAUAUAUACGAUGAAAUAGUCAUCAAUGAAAAAGUAGGUAUUGCUACGACAUUGGCUUUUCUCGUUGGACUUAUUCAGUUAAUUCUAUCAUUUCUUCGUCUUGGUUUUCUCACAGUAUACUUAACCGAACCAUUUAUUAGUGGAUUCACAACAGGUGUUGCUAUUCAUGUAUUUUCAGCUCAACUACCAUUCAUUUUCGGUAUAAAAAGUCCACGCGGUAUUCAAGGUGCUUUUAAAUUACCUAGAUUCUAUUUUAAAUUAAUUGGGUCCAUAAUUCAAAAUAUUAACUGGAUAUCAACAGUAAUUGCUUUUACAUCAAUCAUUGUUUUAUUUACAGCUAAACAAUUAAAUGAUCGUUAUAAAUCAAUUAUACGUGUUGUUAUUCCAAGUGAACUUAUUCUGAUAAUUAUUGGCACUCUUAUUUCUCAUUUUACUCAAAUUCAUACUUUUCAUGGUGUGUCAGUAGUCGGUCCGAUUAAGCAAGGUCUACCAUCACCAACUCCACCUCCAUUGCAGCAGAUUUCAUAUUUAAUUAUGCCUGCUGCUACAAUUGCUAUGGUCAGUCUAUGUAUUUCAAUUUCAAUGGGUAAAAUGUUCAGUCGAAAACAUAAUUAUAAAGUUAGCUCCAAUCAGGAAUUGUUAGCCUAUGGAAUAUCUAAUGUUGUUUCAUCUUUCUUUCAAUGCUAUCCAAGUUCAGGCGCAUUAACUCGUUCCAUAGUACAAGAAGGAAGCGGUUGUAAAACUCAAUUAGUUGGUGGUUUUUCAUGUAUUGUCUUGGGUAUAGUCAUAGUAGCAUUGACACCAUUAUUUUAUUCUCUUCCAAUGGGUUGUUUGGCUGCUAUUGUUAUUGUUAAUAUGAAGGGUCUAUUAUUUCAAAUUAAAGAUUUCUUUUUUUACUAUCGUAUAAGUUUUCUGGAAUGUAUUCUAUGGAUUGUUACAUUUAUGACUGUAAUUCUAUUCGAAGUUGAUAUUGGUCUUUAUGCUGGCUUAUGUACAUCAUUUCUCAUAAAUACAAUACGUACUCAAAAACCUCAUUUCGUUGUUCUCGGUCAAAUCGAUGAUACUGAAAUAUACAAGAAUGCCAAAUUAUUUCCAGUAGCUCAUCAAUAUGAUAAUAUUAAGAUUCUUCGCUUUGAUGAAUCACUUUAUGCAUGUAAUUCACCAUUUUUUAAACGAAAAUUUUAUGAACUAAUUGGUAUUCAAUUACGACAAGAACCACUUAUUUCAUAUAAAAAGCAAAAUUUGAAUAAGAUUGAAAACAUAAAAUAUAAUUAUGUUAUUCUCGAUUGUUCACCAUUCAAUUUUAUUGAUACAGUUGGAGUGAAAUUACUUAUUGAAAUUUAUAAUGAUUUAAAAAAACGAAAUAUUCAAUUAUAUUUAAGUGAAUGUCGAUAUGGUGUUCGUCGUACUCUUGAAUUAAUGAAUUUCUAUGAAAAAACAGCACCUAAUAUUAUCUAUAUAACAACACAUUAUGCAGUUAUGUCUAUAAGAACAGAAUCAGAUACCAAUUUACCAAAAGUGACGAUAGCUACACAAGUUUAA